UAUUUGAAAUUGCAUUUAGAUUGAACACGGCGAGGUGCCGUAGAGGUCACAAAAAAUCAUGGCGGCUGCCUUAGCACGGAGUGUCCCUGGCUUGCUAAGGCCGCUCACACUGGUUAUCAGGACACCGCAGAUAUGUCGGUUGUCUGCUGUUAUCCAUCGCCAAACUGUCCAGAGAUGUGCAACCUCAGCCUCCGCUGGGUCUUGGGUCGCUAUAACCUUUCAGUCACCUCAGCCGAGCAUUCUCCAACGUGUAUCUCCACUUAUUCCAAGCCUGGUCCAGCCGCCUAGGAGAACACUUACGUACUUCAGCCUGAAGAAGGGCAAAAGGAAGACGGUCAGAUCAGUGACGAAAAGGUUUCUGCGGCUUCACUGUGGUUUAUGGGUCAGACGCAAGUCAGGAUACAAGAAGAAGUUAUGGAGGAAGAUGCCAGGCAGAAAAAAGCGGCUACGGGAACAUGUAUUUUGCAACAAAACACAGAGCAAGCUCUUAAACAAAAUGACCACCUCGUUCUGGAAGAGGAGAAAUUGGUAUGUUAACGAUCCCUACGAGAAAUACCAUGAUCGUGUCAACCUCAAAGUUUAAGUAGGUGGAGUUCAAGAGGAAAGCCACUUCAUUUUGCAAUAGUUUCAACUGUAAUGGCAUCUAUACAUUUGAUAGUAGUAUUUUUUUUGACUACUCUUGAGUUUUUGCCAUGUUUGUCGCUACAAUAAAAACAAUAGUAAUGACAAAUUGCAUAGUUACACUUUCAGGUUAUGCAAAUUAAAGCAAAACGUUAAAUCAAGUGAUAUAUUGCCAUGUGUGUAAUUACUUAAUAAAUUAUCAAGGUCUCCGAUAUU